AUGAUAACAGAACAAUAUAUUCAAACGAUUUUUGCACCUGAAAUUAAUUUAACGCUAGACGGAAAGCAAACUGAAGGUGAAUUGAUACGCAUCACGUGUGAGAUUUCUUCUCGACCGGAUUUUGAUGAGAUUCAGUGGUUUAAUGGAAGUUUUUUAUUGAAUAUGACGAAUCAGACUCGUUUGGAAGUCAAAUUAACGCGGUAUAUGCAUGGAAAUCGGAUCAGUUGUCAAGUCAAAAAUCAAGUUGGCAAACGAAAUCAAUCGUUAACAUUACAAGUCAACUAUAAACCAGUCUUUGUCGAUCUUCAUGGAAAUGAAAUGAACAAUUAUUCCGUUGUUUUAGUCGAUGAAGAGCAAAGAGUCGAACUUCAAUGCUUAGUUAGUUCAUUUCCGUCAUCAAUAAUCUCAUGGAUAUUUAAUGAGAAAAUUCUUUCGACAAAUCAAACAACUUUAAAAAUCGAUCAUCUACAAAUCGGCUCCUAUAUCUGUACUGCUCAUCAUCCUCUAUUUGGGAUAUUUAAUCAAACGAUACGAGUGGCUUUGAAAGGACCACCGGAAAUGCUCGAAGAAACAAUAAUUCAUUCCGCUUAUGUUGGACAAUCGGCUUUGCUUAUUUGUUCAAUAUCAAAAGAUAUUCCAACCGAAGAAAUCUUCUGGUCACGUGACGGUCAAUCGAAAAUCAACUCCAAUGAAAAAUAUGAAAUUGAAGAAAAUCGAACAGAUCGGCUGAUUGAAUAUAAACUAUUGAUUAAAAAUGUGUUCGUAUCAGAUGAAGAUUCAUAUAUUUGUACAACAAUGAAUCAAUAUGGUUCAUCCAUUGCUAAAUUUCAAUUACGAGUGAUCAGUUUGAAAAAUUAUUUUAUUCAACGUUCGUUUCUGUAUGGUUCAAUCGUACUUGGACUUUCGUGUUGUCUGAUAUUAAUUGUCAUUACAUUAAUUAAUCAUUAUCGACGAAAAAAUCAUCAACGAAUAAGAAAACGUUCUUCGACGACGGAUGAAACAAUAUCAUCUCUAGCGAAACAACACGAUCAGAUGCAGCAUGAUUAUCAAGAUGAAACAAAUUCGAAUAUGGAUCAAUAUCUUUUUCACGAACAAUUUAUCAAUAAUCAUAGAGACGAUAUCUGCGAUUCUUCACAUGAUGAUCAAUUUUAUUUUCGAGACAAUCUUGAACGAUAUUCUACAGUUGUUUAA